CCCCGCUCCCGCCAGCACGAUGCCUGAGGAAAUCCAACAUGGGGAGGAGGAGGUGGAGACGUUUGCCUUCCAGGCUGAAAUCGCACAACUCAUGUCCCUCAUCAUCAACACCUUCUACUCCAACAAAGAGAUCUUUCUGCGGGAGCUCAUCUCCAAUGCCUCUGAUGCUCUGGACAAGAUCCGCUAUGAGAGCCUGACAGACCCUUCAAAACUGGAGAGCGGCAAGGAACUGAAGAUCGACAUCAUCCCGAACCCUCGGGAGCGUACCCUUACCCUGGUGGACACAGGCAUUGGGAUGACUAAAGCUGACCUCAUCAAUAACCUGGGCACAAUUGCCAAGUCUGGUACCAAAGCCUUCAUGGAGGCCUUGCAGGCUGGUGCGGACAUCUCCAUGAUUGGGCAGUUUGGCGUGGGCUUCUACUCUGCUUAUCUGGUGGCUGAGAAGGUGAUGGUCAUCACCAAGCACAACGAUGAUGAGCAGUAUGCCUGGGAGUCGGCAGCUGGGGGCUCCUUCACCGUCCGAACUGAUCAUGGUGAGCCCAUUGGGCGUGGCACCAAGGUAAUCCUUCACCUGAAGGAAGACCAGACAGAGUACCUGGAGGAGCGCCGUGUCAAGGAGGUGGUGAAGAAGCACUCGCAGUUCAUCGGCUACCCCAUCACCCUCUUUCUGGAGAAGGAGCGAGAGAAGGAGAUCAGUGAUGAUGAGGCAGAGGAGGAGAAAGCGGAGAAGGAGGAAGAGGAGGAGCCUGCUUCUAAGGAUGAGGAGAAGCCCAAGAUCGAGGAUGUGGGCUCUGAUGAGGAGGAGGAAGAGGGAGACAAAGGGAAGAAGAAAAAGACCAAGAAAAUCAAGGAGAAGUAUAUUGACCAGGAAGAACUGAACAAGACCAAGCCCAUCUGGACCCGCAACCCUGAUGACAUCACCCAGGAGGAGUAUGGCGAGUUUUACAAGAGCCUCACCAAUGACUGGGAGGACCACCUGGCUGUCAAGCACUUCUCUGUGGAGGGGCAGCUAGAGUUCCGGGCGCUUCUCUUCAUCCCGCGCCGUGCCCCCUUCGACCUCUUUGAGAACAAGAAGAAGAAGAACAACAUCAAGCUGUAUGUGAGGCGUGUUUUCAUCAUGGAUAGUUGUGACGAGCUCAUUCCCGAGUACCUGAACUUCAUCCGGGGCGUGGUGGACUCGGAGGACCUGCCCUUGAACAUCUCCCGUGAGAUGCUACAGCAGAGCAAGAUCCUCAAAGUGAUCCGCAAGAACAUCGUCAAGAAGUGCCUGGAGCUCUUCUCGGAGCUGGCUGAGGACAAGGAGAGCUACAAGAAGUUCUAUGAGGCCUUCUCCAAGAACCUCAAGCUCGGGAUCCAUGAGGACUCUGCCAACCGGAAGCGCCUGUCAGAGCUGCUGCGCUACCACACGUCUCAGUCAGGUGACGAGAUGACCUCGCUCUCAGAGUACGUGUCUCGCAUGAAGGACACACAGAAGAGCAUCUAUUACAUCACAGGGGAGAGCAAGGAGCAGGUGGCAAACUCAGCCUUUGUGGAGCGUGUACGGAAGCGUGGCUUUGAGGUGGUGUACAUGACCGAGCCCAUCGACGAGUACUGUGUGCAGCAGCUCAAGGAGUUCGAUGGGAAGAGCCUGGUAUCAGUCACAAAGGAGGGGCUGGAGCUGCCUGAGGAUGAGGAGGAGAAGAGGAAGAUGGAGGAGAGCAAGGCCAAGUUUGAGAGCCUCUGCAAACUCAUGAAGGAGAUCCUGGACAAGAAGGUGGAGAAGGUAACCAUUUCAAACCGGCUGGUCUCAUCUCCCUGCUGCAUCGUCACCAGCACCUAUGGGUGGACGGCUAACAUGGAGCGCAUCAUGAAGGCUCAGGCCCUGCGGGACAACUCCACCAUGGGCUACAUGAUGGCUAAGAAACACCUGGAGAUCAAUCCCGACCACCCCAUUGUGGAGACGCUACGCCAGAAGGCUGAGGCUGACAAGAAUGACAAGGCUGUCAAAGACCUGGUGGUGCUGCUCUUUGAGACAGCCUUGCUGUCUUCUGGCUUUUCCCUGGAAGACCCCCAGACCCACUCCAACCGCAUCUACAGGAUGAUCAAGCUGGGGCUGGGUAUUGAUGAGGAGGAGGUGGUAGCUGCAGAGGAGCCCAGCGCAGCCGUGUCUGAUGAAAUCCCCCCUCUUGAGGGGGAAGAAGAUGCAUCUCGCAUGGAGGAGGUGGACUAAAGCAUGUGUGGGAAAGGUUUUCCAGUUCCCACAGGGUCCCCACCUCCUCUGACUGCUGUUGGGAAAUGGGGGCCCAUAGCUGCUACUGACUGUAGCACCCUUAGUGGUGGUCUCACUUGUUCCCUCUGGUCAGUAGUGGGUGAAGUGGAGUUUUCCAGGCCUGCCUGGUCUGUCCUCUGUCUUUCUGCUUGUGUAGAAACAGCUGCUUGGGGUGGGGGUGUGGAUGGGCCCUGACCUCAUGCCACUGCUGGGGACCACACUCACCCCUCCCUGCCUAGGGUAGACACUGAGCCUCUCCCAGGCACAGCAGGGAGCCCAGCCCCAACCUCCCAGCAGUUGCUCACCCACCCUCCCACCUCCCUGGGGUAGGAUGUUGUAUUUGGUUUGCUGUUUUGUAUUUUGUUCUAGUGGAAUUAAAGUCUCCAAGAACAUGA